ACUCACUCUGUGGCAGCUGCCCCACUGGAGCCGUCUGCAAAUCCACCAAGGCAGAUCUUCUGAAAGCAAUUGACCCACAAGAACUCAUUCGAACGGUCGAUGCACCGUACUGCGAGUGCCCUGCGGGCUACGGGAUGACCCCAACGGAGUGCAUCAAGGGUGCACCCAACCAAGUUCUUUCCACCAGCAUGACACUCAUCCAGGAUCCCACAGCCAAGGACAAGGCAUCCAAGCCCUACACCUUCCGCUUCAAGAAUGGCUGCAGUCAGUUCCCGAAGGAGGUGGCCGGGAAUUACACGGCUUUUUACGCC